GCUCAUUCCAACAAACUCCGCCCAUCCACCCGUAUUUAUCACUCCCUCCAACAAACUCUCUCAACGAAAAACUGGGCGGUUCUGCAUACCCCAACGUAGUAGAUACAGAGUAAACUCCUUAACUUACUCUAUACUACACAAACACAGACACAUAAAUUUAAAAAAAAAAAAGAAAAAGAAAAAGAAGAAAAAGGAAAUGGCGGAGGUGGAGAGGGUGCAAGCAGUGGCGAGUUCUCUGUCAAAAUCCACCGACACGAUCCCGGCGGAGUACAUCCGGUCGGAGAAGGAGCAGCCGGCGGAGACGACGGUGCAGGGGGUUGUCCUGAAUGUGCCGGUGAUCGACAUGAGCGAGAGGGAGGAGGAGCUGGCGGAGAAGGUAGGGGAGGCGAGCAGGGAGUGGGGGAUAUUCCAGGUGGUGAACCACGGGAUACCGGAGGAGGUGACGGCGGAGCUGCAGAGGGUGGGGAAGGAGUUCUUCGAGCUGCCCCAGGAGGAGAAGGAGGCGGUGGCCAAGGACGGCGGCGGGGGCGUGGAGGGGUACGGGACCACGUUGCAGAAGGACCUGGAGGGGAAGAGGGGGUGGGUCGAUCACUUGUUCCACAAGGUCUGGCCUCCUUCCGCUAUCAACUACAGAUUCUGGCCUAAAACCCCUCCUUCCUAUAGGGAAGCGAAUGAGGAAUACGCUAAGAGGCUGCGAGAGGUGGGGGACAGACUAUUGAGAAGCUUAUCACUCAGUUUGGGGCUUGAAGGCCAUGAGGUGAAGGAGGCUGCAGGGGGUGAAGACAUCAUUUACCUCCUCAAGAUCAACUACUACCCGCCAUGCCCUCGCCCCGAUUUGGCCCUCGGAGUCGUGGCCCACACCGACAUGUCAGCCAUCACCAUUCUUGUACCCAACGAAGUCCAAGGUCUCCAAGUUUUCAAAGACAACCAUUGGUACGAUGUCAAGUACAUCCCCAAUGCCCUCAUCAUCCACAUUGGUGACCAAAUCGAGAUUCUGAGCAACGGAAAGUACAAGAGCGUGCUCCACAGGACGACGGUGAACAAGGAAAAGACGAGAAUGUCUUGGCCUGUUUUCUUGGAGCCGCCCCCUGAGUUUGAAGUUGGUCCCAUUCCCAAGUUGGUUGAUGAGAAGAACCCUGCGAAAUACAAGACCAAGAAGUACAAAGAUUUUGCUUAUUGCAAGCUAAACAAGCUUCCUCAGUAAUUACUUAUCUAUUACAUUUCAAUAAUAAGCUCCGAGAGAAUUGUCCUUCCAUUUCGUGAACAACCUUUGUACGGUGAAUUUUUCUCUUCUUUUCAUUUGUAAUAAUAAUGAUGAUGCUUUGAUUAUUCCAAACUCGAGCUUGAUUUUCCAUUGAGUACGGAUAAAUCAUUCAAUUUUUCUAAAGACAUCACUUAUAUAGAAGUUUAUACCGAUGGUGGACUAAUUAUUUAAUUACGGAAUAAUUUAGUACUCCUUAU